GCUAAGUGUACGUGUUUUACACAGAUAUUUUAAAAAAUGAUAAAAAUAUGGAAACUGGGUCUUAUAAGUUAUGAUACGGCUUUUAAAAUCCAAACUUCUAUAGCUCGAAAACAUUUAGAUUCAAUGAUGAAAGGAAUUACUACGAACUACGAUACUUUACUUCUAGUUGAACAUAAACCUGUGUACACUGUUGGUAUCAGAGACAACACACCAAAUGAUGAAAUUUUAAGGCUGCGAGGUUUAGGUGCCGAGUUUCGUAAAACGAAUAGAGGGGGUCUGAUCACAUUCCAUGGUCCGGGUCAAUUGGUUGCUUACCCCAUAAUCAAUUUGAAACACUUUAAAUCUAGUGUAAAGUGGUAUGUUAACAGCCUUGAAGAAACUGUUAUACAAAUGUGUAAAGAAUUAGGUAUAACUGCAAACAGAUCUCCUCACACAGGAGUCUGGGUUGAAGAUAACAAAAUAGCUGCAAUUGGUGUUCAUGCUUCUAGAUAUGUGACUACACAUGGAAUCUCACUAAAUUGUGAUAUUGAUCUAUCAUGGUUUGAACACAUUGAUCCCUGUGGCAUUGCAGAUAAGGGGGUAACUUCACUCACAAAAGAAACUGGUAAAGUGUGUACAAUUGAUGAUAUGACACCAAUCUUUGUACAGAAUUUUGAAAAGGUGUUGGAUUGUAAGACAGAGGAAUUAGAAACAGACACACAACAGGAAAUACUUAGCAGUGUUUAUAGUAAACUGAUGGUUGAUACUGUAUAAUUAAUAAAUUUAUUACCGUUUAGAAUAUGUCCUAGUCCAGUUAUAUAUAGGUUAAAUUUUAUUUUGAGUGUUGUUUCUUUUAUUGUUUACAAAUGUGAUGAAAUAAAAAAUAGUAUGAUUUGUA